AUGGAGGCGUCACCGCUGACACGCCAGCCUCAGCCAGAGGUCUUUGUCCCCAAGAUUGUCGAGCUCUACUCAACCCUUUUCAAGGACGAUGACGAUGGCGACAAAUCGGAAGGCUUCUGGCGGGAGUUUUUCCUGCUGCGACCCGAUCGGCCGACGCUGAGGAAGAUAUUAAACGAAAUCCACCCGGCUGACCUGCUGCUCUUGGAGGGGCGCACGAGGGAGCUCUUUAGCAAGGCGAUUGCGGCGGUCAAGGAUGGCAAGGGCGCAGCUCCUUUAUAUGCUCUUGAUACCCUGAGCGUCUUCCUCGCAUGCGUGUUGACGAAGAAGCACGCGCACCCGAGCUCCGACAUCAUCACUAUACUGGCCGGCCUCGAUCACGUCGAUACGGUAUUUACGGAUUUUGUGAGCACCCUCGAUGGGAUUAUACGGAAUGGGACAAACUGUGUGUACACCUGUCAACAAGCUUGUGUGACAAGUGCUAGGGACUUGUUCCCAUCGAUUAUGAAGUUUAUCCAAAGCUCGGAGCAACCUGAUCAAGACCUGGAACCCUUUAUUCUGCUGGGGAUACUUGCCAACUACAACAAGUUUGAAUUCCAGAAUCCGUACCAGCUACGGUUGAACGACUUUGUCAAUGAAGCAGUUAUUCAAAAGGUUGUUCGCUGCAUCGGAAAUGCUUGCCAGACACUGCGAUCUGAUUAUGUCGACAUCCAAGAGGAUCUCCCCGAGGGCUGGACGUUGAGCAGCACUUUGAACAUGAUUGGCUUGGGUGUCAUUUCGCCUGGGCCAAAGCCCGAGAAGAAGCCCGUGUAUGACGCUGCAACGGCAAAACAACUGUUUACGAAAUUGCCCGGCCAAACUGCUGCUGUUCUCUUAGCAACAUAUGACUUCUCGCACGCAAACAAGCUGUUUUGCUUCCAUCUCGUGACUUUACCCAGCGAAAAAGACAAAGAGCGCCCAAUAUCUAGCUUCCUGUCGCUCACCUCCUAUCUGCUGCAGCACUCUCAUCUGUCGUCCCGAGCAACGUACUAUUCGCAUCUGAAUCUGAUGGUGCUCCGUCUUCUUAUUGAAGACCCGGCCAUUUGCAAAAAAGUUUGCAGCGACGAAUCCAAGACGCAUGUACGACUCUGUCGACAACGACCACCGUAUUUGCCCUUGGUAAAAGGAGAUCGUGUUCUUGCAACGUGCGUCCUCGAUACGAUGUUGGAUGGUAUCAACCACAACUUGAAGAGACGGCUGGACGUCAGUCUCUACGUCCUCUGCUUAGGCAUCAUGCUCCGAAUCAUCUCCUAUCUUUCACGGUCACGAACACGAUUGGACUAUCAUUGGUCAGAGUUUUUCCGGUCUUUGCUAUCGCUCAUCCGUUUCCUUAACACAUACGCCUCGGACUUGAAAGACUUGCAGCACAUUGAAACCGUUCUCGACCACGUCGUUAAUCUAGUCGCACUGUCAUUAUCCGCCGGCGAAGCCUUCCUACCGACGCCUGCCGCAUACGACGAUCUCUUCUACAAGGUGUUCGAAUCAGGCGAAGUCCUCACAUCCUUUAAAGAAAAUUAUCGUCUGGGGAACCGCAACAGCAACUCUAUCGACACGCUCAUCAACGUCAGCGCUCACUACAAACAGAUGCUGACCGAGAGAGGCUCUUCGGAGAAGAAACUACCAGCCAAUCUGACGACGCACCAAGUAGCUGAGGUUAUCAAGCAGGGCUACGAGACGCUGAGCAUCCAGGCAAAGGAAGGUCUAGAUGGAUGGGAGAGAUACCGAGAGGCGGACGAGAAGAUUUUGUUGAAAAAGCUGGGGAGGACGGCUGUUGGCGAUGUGAUGGGCAUGGUGGAGCGACAAAAUUACUAA